CCAGGAUCCAUCAGGACUGGGGAGGGAGGCAGGAGGCUUCUCUGGUUAUAAAGCAGCUGAAAUGUGGAGUUUCCUCCCAGGAGCUGAGAGUGUGUCCAUGGGCCCAGCACCUGGCAUGCCCUCCCUGGGAGCUUGCUGGACGCAUGACCAGGGUUCUGGGAGGGCAGAGGACAGACCACAGACACCCAGGAUAACUCAGCACACACAGGUUCUCAGCUUCCUGUUCAUAGAGAAACCUCAGACAAGAAGCACUUUGCCCAUUUUUCAUCAAGGCCAACCCCAGACCACGAGAAUGCUUUCUCCGCGUCAGCCCCAGCACCCCAGCGCCCUUGCCUCCAGGGGCCCACGGCCUCCGCACUCCAGUGGCCCCGACCUGGCUGAGGCAGCUCCCGUGGUAGAUCAGGCCUCACAGGCGGCUGGAAGAGCCAGUUCUGGGCCGGGCCUGUGGGAACAGGCGUCUGUUAGUCAGGGUUUCAGGAAUGCGGCCUUCGGAGCCUGAAGCGGGGAAUGGUGGCUCUGGGCCCUCAAGGGGCAGCCGGUGAGCCUGGGAGGCCGGGCCGGGCUGACCCAAGGGGAGAGGACCCUCUCCGCCCACUGCCGCUGGCCCUGGGCAGGUCUAGAGCCUGGGGGUCCCCAGAGGCACAGUCCUUUAUCUCCAGGAGAAGGCAGAGGGCAGAGGCAGGAAACAAAUCUCCUGUCAAAAUUCCUAAUUAAAAUACUAAAUAAGUGAUGGCUCCAGGCUCGGACACCGGACACUGAGAGAACAAGGGAAAAUCAGCCCUGACAGCCAGGCUAACAAGACGGUUAAUUACAGCCCGAGAAGAACGUUA